AUAGUUUUUCUUUUUACACGCAUAUCCCUAUAUAAGUGAAGCCGGUGUCUCCGCUUGGCCUUUCACCACCUGUUGCUGAGUAACUGCUAAUUAACCGAGCUAAACGUGCUGCUAAGUGACGUCUUUGCCGAUGUUUCCCUCGUCGGGUCUCUUUGCUGGUUUAAUAUGUCCUGUCUCUAAAUAUGGGGUUUGUGAGCGACCUCAUUGCCCAUACAAACAUGCUUUCACGGUACGGGACGAUGUGUCUGGUUCCUCCACAGUGGUCGACUCAGCAGGAGUCAGAAAUUACUACUCAUCUGUCUGUGCUGCACCAGUGAGAGAGGAGACUGUAGAUGAUAGCAUCCAGGAGCUGGAACGGAUCAACAAAGAGAUUGAGACUGUCAGGCAUGAGGUGGAGCUGGAGCAACGGCGACUGUCAUGCUACCAGACCAUACGGGUGGACCAAAGAAAUACUGUGUGUAGUCUUUCUGAUUCCAAGUCUGAAAGUGCUGGUAAAAAUGCAGACAAAGGCUCUUGUGGACUGUCUUCAUGCACAGACUUUUAUGAGACAAACACCCAAGUAAGGAAGUAUGUUGUUGACAACUCAAAACCCAGGACUGACUUGGAGUAUGACCCAUUGUCCAACUUUUCUGCUGGUUUACGGUCUUGCAGCACCUCUGUUAAGGAGCAGAAACCUAAAAUUGUGCAAGAAACAAGGCUAGUUGUUCAGGCUAAUACCCCGUCUCCUGAGCCUCUUGACUCAAAUGAAGACAGUGUCCUGAUUAUUGACAUUCCUCCCUCACCUGACAAAAACCUAAUUGGAAUUCAGGAACCUGUUUGUGUUGCUGGCAACUCCAAGGGCACAGUAGAACAAACAAAUGAGUUCAAAACAGCAGAAAUUUCACUAGAUUCUUCACCAUUAUGCUUUACAAAAGCUAUGGCAUACCAGAUCACACCAUGUGUAUCAGUGCGGGCGGCAGUUAAAGUUUAUAAUCAUUGUGAUGCUGACAAAGGCCAAUAUCAGUCCAGUGUAAAUGAGAACAAAGGGUGUGAAAAUAUACCAGCUGGUGGUAAUGUAAUUGACCUAACUGAAAGUUUAGAGAAUCUGGAAAGUGAGUGUGAGAAAAUUGCAAAUCUACCCGUCUAUUCAGACCAACAAGGUCAGAGUUUGAAUAAUCUGAAGGUGGAAGGGGAAGAAAGCACAUUUCAAGGUGAACUGCCUGAAAGUGAGCUAUCCAUUAGGGUUGCAAAACUGAAAACCAUACAGCCACAUAAUCUUUCCUCAAAUAUUUCAUUUUUUGAUAAAACUUCAAACUUGGAUUCACUGUGCAGGCAAAAGACCAUGCCAACCCAGACAAUGGAGGUGCCAGCUCAGAACAGUGUUUAUAACCACUGCUCUCUUGAGAAUAGUGUGUCGUCACUGGUUUCAGGCAGCCAGAAUAGAGCACUCAUUAACAAGACCUCAUCUGUAAUAUAUCAGGAGCAAAAAGAACCAGCUUUAGUUGGCAACCAUUAUCAAACAUCUGUCAUCUAUCACUCACAUUUAGCAAACGGAGUCGAUUCAUCUGAACCCAAUGAGCAGCUUUUAGUCGAAUUUGGCAAAGAAGACGUUAUUACCAUCUCCAGCUCCGAGGAGGAAGAGCUCAAUUAUUCUGACAUGGACUUGUCUGACAGCGACCCAAUGGAAGAAUGCUACAGGAUCUUCAUGGAGGCAAAUAAUGAAGAUGGGAAGGGACGUGAGGAGCAAACCAGUUUGUCAGAUGGAACUAUGGAUGUAGAGAAGCAGGAGUUGACUGUCGCUCCCCAAGUGUUACCAGGAAAGAAGAGAGUGGCUCACGAAGCCAAACAUACAGAGCAGCCAAUGGCGAAGAUCAGACCUGAGCCUCAGGUAUUGGUCCCCCUGCGUGGGCCAGUGGCUUCAGGAUUUGGCUCCCAGACCUCAGUCACUUCAAAGAUUCAGCAGGUACAGCAAAGAGCCUCCAUGGUGGCUGCUUCAAUAAAGGGUGGUCAAGCAUUUGUCUCCAUGACCUCUCAGAAGAAGCAAGAGACCCAGACUACUGCUGGUCCUUCCACUCAUGCCCAUGUAGACACGCAACCUGCCCCUGUGCAAAAUGCUUACACAAACUACCUGUCUUUGGGAACUGCUGUGAUUGAAGUAGGCAAUAACUUGCACUUCAUCCUCCCAGAGGGCACCUUCCCUUUUCCUGUAACUUCAAGUUCCAGCCCUGUUACCUCAGUGUUGACUCCGGUCAGAAUCGUGCCCAGGAGCAAUCAUCUUAGUAUGAAACAACUUUGUCAUAAAGCUGCAAUAACCCCUGUGCAAAGAUACCACACAACAGCACCUGUGCUCAUUCCUGCUCAAACUCGGAAACCUUCACUGGCCUCUGCCUCAGCACAUUCAAAUCCAGCUGCCUCCACUACUACUCCUCCUGCUGCCCAUACUGUUGCUGCCAAGCCUGUGCCAACUAAACGUAAGCUGAAGCAAGAGGCCGCCAAAGAAAAAGUUCCCCAUGAUCUCAGACAGCGAUACGUCAACAUAUUUACAGAGGAGUUCCUCAAAACAACAGCCAAUGUCAAUGAUGCCUUUGAAAAAGCUGUUGCCGAGGAACGGACAGUGUACAAUCGCAGUGCGAACAAGCUGAAAUAUUUGAGCGUGGCUGUUAAUUCACUAAAGAGGCUGAAGAAUCUGAGCGCUGCUUCAGCUCAAGGUAGAGAUGAGGUAAACGGUCAUGGAUCCAAAGGCAACAUACCACUUCACCGGGAGAUGUUGAGAGGAAAUGAUGAUAUGGCAUUGUAUGAGGGUUUGAAGGAUUAUCUUUUGACUGAGGAAAAGCUAAUUGAGAGCAACUUCCCUGUCCAGCACCCAGAGAAACCUGGCUGUGCUGCUCUGUUUGCUGACCCCAAAAAAGGCAUCACAGACCCUCUGAAGAGGAUCUGCUGUCGAUGUGGGGCCACGUACUCUGUGAGCCAAUCGGGCAAACAUGUUCGCAAGGAGGAGUGUACCUAUCAUUAUGGGAAAGGAGUUGAAAAUAGAGUGCCAGGUGGAGUGGAGACUCGCUACAGCUGCUGUCAAGGAGUCAUGGGAGCACCUGGAUGUCAAGUGUUUCAGUUGCAUGUCCAUGACUCCCUCAGCCUAGAAGGGUUUGUGUCUACUAGCCCCAGACAUUCCUUGGAUAAGAGCUGUCCUGGGGUCUACUCCUUGGAUUGUGAAAUGUGUUACACUGUUCAUGGUCUGGAGCUGUCCAGAGUGACGGUGGUCAACUCUAGUCUGCAAGUUAUCUACGACACCUUCGUCAGACCUGAUAAUGAGGUCAUCGAUUAUAACACAAGGUUUUCAGGCAUCAGUGUGGAGGAUGUGAAAAGUAACAAAACAUCGAUCAGAGAGGUGCACGAGACCUUAUUGAGCUUCAUUAGUGCCGACACCAUUCUGAUCGGACAUGGCCUGGAAAUGGACCUCUGUGCCCUGAAGUUAUUUCAUGGCAAUAUGGUGGACACCUCAGUGGUCUUCCCCCACCGCUUGGGCCCCCCUCACAAGCUUACCCUCAACAACCUCACUGCUGAAUACCUGCGCAAGAUCAUCCAAGAGAGCGGUGGGUCAUCAUGGAUUACUUGCAGCCACCAUAACAGUGUUAUGAUCCAAAUAAAGACAAAAUUACAAUCCUAUUUGAGUGUAAAUAAAAUGUAUGUCUGAAGCUGUUUAACUCAAUAACUUAUAUAUAUUUUUUGUAUCAUUACAAUAAUGUAUUCCUGUUUCUCUCAGUUUGUGGCCAUGACACUGCAGAAGAUGCUACCGCCUGCAUGGAGCUCAUAUUAUGGAAGGCCAAAGAUGGAAAACUGAAAAAAUAAUUGAAAUAAUACUCACUACUGUUCAAACAUGAGAUGGAUUCUCUGAAGCAAAUCUGAAUAUGUCAUAUGGGAAGGCUGUUUUUCUUUAAGUUUGAUUACAUAUAAUUUGGUUUGUGUUAAAAAUGCAAUAUUCUGCAUGUUCAUGUGUUCAAGUUUGCUACAGUGUGAGCAGAAAACCUGCUGAGGCAGGUCAUAAUUAUUGAAGUAAAGGCACAGAAUGAAAUGUACUGUUGCGUGUCCUUCUUUCAAACCCACAACAGCCAAUGAGCAUCUCGAUUUUCAUGUCUUAAUUAGCCUCAGGUGCAGUUACAAGUAGUAUGCACCUGUGAGCAAUUGCACCAAUCAGUCUGUGAGGCAACAGAUGAAUAAUCUACUGGAGAAAUGUAGAGGUUUUAUUGUGUUUUUAAGUCGAUGUUUACUAAACAUGUGAAACAACAGUCCUGCUCCUCUUCAGCUUAAAAUGACCAUCGAAGCAAAAAGAGUUUCAACAAAGAAGCUGUCAAUCUCUCUUACGAAGUUAUGAAUUAGUGGUCCCUAGACUAGUAAACCUAGGAUAUAGACCAACAGGACAACUAUUUAAGUUUUUAAUCCACUACUCAGUUUUUGUCUUUCCUUUUCUGCCACAGCACUUCCCCAAGCAGAAACU